AUGGAGCGAUGGUCCGCGGACGAGGCGCGCGCGCUGAUCGCGCUGCGGGAACGCGUGGAGCGCGAAACGAGUCGGUCGAUCAACGCCAAGGCCGGCAACGCCAGUGAUGAUGACGAGGAGGAUGGCGGGGCGGUGGAUUUUGGCGGGAAGCGCAUGUGGGAGUGGGUUUCGACCGAGAUGAAGAAGCAGGGGUAUCAGCGAUCCAUGGUGCAAUGCAAGGCCAAGUGGACCGUGCUCUUCAACCGAUACAAGCACCCCACCACCACCCUCCCCCAUUCAGAGCACGGAGCUAUCGAGCGGCAGGGCAAGGCGUGUCCGUUCUCAGACGAGCUCACAGCCAUCUUCAAGCUGCGCGCCGAGCAGGCCAGCAUGGAGCUAUCAGAGCGGCAGGGCAAGGCGUGUCCUUUCUUUGACGAGCUCACAGUCAUCUUCAAGAUCCGUGCAGAGCAGGCUAGCAUGGAGCUGUCAGAGAGGCAGGGCAAGGCGUGUCCGUUCUUUGACGAGCUAACCGUCAUCUUUAAAAUCCGCGCCGAGCAGGCCGUGAAGGCACCCCCUCCUCACGUUCCCCUCCCACCGUCCCCCUCUCCCCGUUCCCCUUCCCCCCAGAGCAUGGAGCUGUCGGAGAGGCAGGGCAAGGCGUGUCCGUUCUUUGACGAGCUGACCGUCAUCUUCAAGAUCCGCGCCGAGCAGGCUGCUCGAGUGGCCGCCCUGGGCCAUGGCGUUGUGGACACCAGACCUGCAGGCUCGGUAGGCGCCGGACCUGCAGGCUCGGCACGAGCUGCUGCAGGAGGGGGUUCGUUGUUUGGCUCGGAUGGCUUGUUUGGGAUGCAGGGGGAGGACGUGGAGGGGGAGGAAGGCGGGGAGGAGGAGGAAGAGGAGGAAGAAGAGGAGGAGGAGGGCGGGGAGGGGGAGGGAGACGAUGGGGAGGAGGAAUGGGAGGGAGAUGCAGCAGGCAAGAAGCGGAAGAGAGAAAGCAAGGGGGGAAAGGCGGGGGGAAGGGGAAGGCGUGGCAGUGCAGGGGCAAGCGCAGCAGGCAGAGGCGCAGGGAGGACGCGAGUGGACACGAGGGGGGAUGCUGAGAAGGAGGGCUUGCGGAGAAAGCUGGGCGAGGGGUGGCUAGGGAUGAAGGUAGAUAAGAAGCGGUUGGAUAAGAUGUGGGAGGUGCAGGGGGAGUUAUUGCAGCAGCAUGCAUUGCUGGAGGGGCAGUGGGGCGAUGAGGGCGAGCGGGUGGAGGAGAGGGGGAAGGAGAGAGGCGAGGCUUGGAUUGAGCGGUUGGAGCAGCAGGAGAAGCGACGACUGGCUGAAGAUGUGAAAUGGCGUGAGGUAGUGAUGGGGGGAAGGGGAGGGGUGGGGGUGGGUGUGAUGGUGUGGGAUUGGUUGAGAUCUUAUGGCAUGGUGGCGUGGGAUUGUGAUGGCAUGGUGGCACAUGCACAGGAGCAGCAGGAGAAGAGGCGACUGGCUGAAGAUGUCAAAUGGCGUGAGGUAGUGGUGGGGGUUGGGUGUGAGGCUGUGGGGAUGAAUCAGAUUGAGAGGUUGGAAGAGAAGCGACUGGCUGACGAUGUCUCCCUCUGCCAGGAGGAGUGGAGAGCACAGCAAGUGUCACCUGCUAGACAUCUAUGCCUCAACACACUCCCUUUUCUGUGCCUGUUCUUGUUGCUGGCGCUGGUGCUGGCAGGAGGAGGAGCGGAGAGCACAGAAGGCGGAGGUGGAGUGUGA